AUGACUCGAAUCUCGAACGCUGUCACCCUGCUCGGUGCAGGCACACAAGGCUCGCGUCUGGCCUACAUGUGGUCUCGUCUAGGACGACCCGUGUACAUCGUGGACAAGAACUCGAAUCAGCUAUCCCAAGCAUCAAGCACCAUCGAGAAGCUGCGCCGCAAAGAGUCAUCACCUAGUGAUCACGGCCCAAUCAUCGAGCUAAUCGCUGCUGAUCUGGACAAGGCGCUCCGUGAAUCCUGGAUCGUCAUUGAGUGUGUCCCCGAGAAUCUAGACUGCAAACGCUCCAUCAUCAAGCAGCUCGACAACCAAGCCGAUCCAGAUAUCAUCAUUGCGUCGAACUCCAGCAGCUACUCAAUCACGGAGGUCUGCGACGGUUUGGAGUUCAAAGCCGAUGACCGAUUCGUGAAUCUGCACUCUUUCUGGCCACCAGAAACACGAGUCCUCGAAAUAAUGGGCACCGACAAAACCCGCCCCGACAUCAUCCCCCGCCUCAUGGACGAGUCCCGCGAGCAUGGGUUCCAACCCUUCCACGUCCGCAAAUCCUCCACCGGAUACAUCUUCAAUCGGUACCUCGCCCAAGCCCAUCUUUUCAUGAAUCUGACCCGAACCUUUGCACAUGCUAAUGCCCACGGGCAUAUUAGGAUCUGGGCCGCCAUCAAGCGGGAGACUCUGAUGGUGCUGGAGGAAGGCAUCGCCACCCCGGAAGAGGUCGACCAGAUGUACAAGGCCGUCCUGCACACUCCCAAGGGCCCCUGCGAGCAGAUGGAUGUGGCCGGGCUGGAUGUGAUCCUGGCGAUCGAGGAGCAUUACGCGGAGGUCCGGUCGGGCAUCCCCGACGGACCACGCAAGUAUCUGCGGGAGAUUGUGGACCGGGGGCAUCUGGGGGUGAAGACUGGCACUGGGUUUUUUGAUUAUGAUGAGUAG